AUGAGCAUCCAAUUCCAGGUCUAAAUACCAUAUUUAGAGGACAUUCAUUACAAAUGCCAUCCAAAGGUGUUCCAUAAAAACACUAAGUACAUUAAUUAUACUCUAUGCCAUUACAUUAAGUGCAUAAAUAAUGGCAUUUAAUUUUUGAUAUUAAUAAAUUUCUAAUUGAAACCUAUCCAUUUCCUUCAUUUGAUAUUGUAAAUUUUAUUAUAUUUGAAUCUGAUUUUUUGUAAAAUAAAAUUAAUUGUUUUAAUUUCUGCUUAGUAAGAAUCACAAAUGAUUGAGAAGUUUUCAAACGAGUUAGGAGUUUAAUAUUAAAAUGAAAUUAUUUCUGCUCCAAAUUAAAAUUAAAUUUAUCCAUUUUACCAAGUACCUUAUAGAAUUAAUUCAAAUGAUAUGUGA